AUGGAGCCUGGACACGCCACUGGACUCAUACACGCCAUUCAGGCCUACCGAAAGGUCUACGAACAUGAAAACCAACACCUAUCUGAAUGGGAACGCGAACAUGGCUGGAAGCAGCAAUGGAAUUCGAUUAGCGCCGAGGUAACUGGCGAACUUGGCCUCCACGAACCUCCCAAAGUCACACCGAUGAAACGGCCUGCGUCCAAUUCACUUGUUGGUACGGAACCGGCAUCCAAGCGUCCCGGCUUUGACUCUUUGGCGUCUUCUGUCCCGUCCUCGCAUCCUCUGCAGCGACAGAAGUCAGCUCCAGCUGGACGUACUGCACCAAGCUCAACCAGAACGGCCAAGCAAGCUUCUGUCGCCAGUUCGGGAACGGCAUCCCCCAUCGACAUCCCCCACCAACAAUCUCGAAGAACGUCCGCGGCGGCCUCGGUUCCUGCCCAUACCUUUCAUCGGUCCGGUCUCGACAACAUCGACGAGGUCCAAAUCUAUUCUCCGGCCGACUUCCUGGCUCGAUCUCCGGAAGAAUACAAGACUCCCGCCAUUUCGGCGGUCCAUUCUCCCGCUGUUGAGCGUGGUGAGUUCAACGGCCAGACCCUCACUUACAACCAAGCCUACGACUCACCGAGUGACAAUCACACACCAAUGACUGCCACCAGCGACUCGAGCUUGGUCUCGGUGCCGACUGUUUUUAGUGAGCCGAUGUCUCGCACAAAUACUGAUGAUGUAUUGUGCAAUGGCCUCGACAUGUUCCGCAUGAACUCCAUGUCGAAGCCAGGAUCAGACGGUGCUAAGGCAGACGGUACUGACCAAGCUCCCCUUUUCCCUUAUUCACCAGACCUGAUACCUGAUCAGUAUCGUGGUCCUCUCUCCGAUCAACCCCUUCCCUUUUCUUUUGGUUCCGAGAUGAAGCCAUCCCUUUCGUCAGAAAGCGAUACUUCAAUUUUUUCAAGUCAGUCUCCUAGCUCGCCUCGGACACAUGAAGCGAAGUCAAUUCGCCUUCUUGCACCGAAGCUGGAGUCCAGUGGCUCGUUGUCGCCCUCCGAGUCCCCAAGGGUCAAACUCGUAGAGGUGAUGGGUGAGGACGGCAAGAUGAAGCGCAAAGCGGAAAUUGCCCGUGCAUCGAGGCAAGAGCCCCCUCGUAAGACCAUGUACUGCAAAUUCUGUGACGAGCAGCCAAACGGUUUCCAUGGUGUGCACGAGCUCGAUCGUCAUAUCGAUCGUCAGCAUACUCUUCGACGCAAGGUGUGGAUCUGCAAGGAGGCCAUGCCCGGCGGUACCUUUCUCGCUAAUUGCAAAGCAUGCAAAAACAGAAAGACCUAUGGUGCAAAUUAUAAUGCGGCCGCCCACCUGCGUCGAGCCCACUUCAACCCGCCAAAGAACAAACGUGGGGGUCGCGGCAAGAAGAGUGAGAACCGUGGAGGCAUGGGUGGUGGCAAUCAGCCACCGAUGGAAGAGCUCAAGCAGUGGAUGUACGAAGAGUGGGAGUACAAUGUCAAUGGCAAGAUUGUGUCCCGGGAGAUCUCCGUCGUCGACGCUAUGGACACCUACCCUGAAGACUACGACUUGGGUGGCGCUGCGGUCGAGGAGUAUCCUGCCUUUUACCACACGUCGCCUCAGGAGCCGAUCAUGAUUCCCGAUAUGCACCAACCGCCUGUCAACUACGCCAUGAUGCCCACGACCAUGGCUGGUCACCCACCUACGAGCGCGCAAUAUCACCAAACAUAUAUGCCACCCCCUGUUUACAGCAUGUGA